AUGCACAGCAUCACGGCGCUACCAUGCACAGCACCACGGCGCUACCAUGCACAGCACCACGGCGCUACCAUUCACAGCACCACGGCGCUACCAUUCACAGCACCACGGCGCUACCAUUCACAGCACCACGGCGCUACCAUGCACAGCACCACGGCGCUACCAUACACAGCACCACGGCGCUACCAUUCACAGCACCACGGCGCUACCAUUCACAGCACCACGGCGCUACCAUUCACAGCACCACGGCGCUACCAUGCACAGCACCACGGCGCUACCAUUCACAGCACCACGGCGCUACCAUUCACAGCACCACGGCGCUACCAUUCACAGCACCACGGCGCUACCAUUCACAGCACCACGGCGCUACCAUUCACAGCACCACGGCGCUACCAUUCACAGCACCACGGCGCUACCAUUCACAGCAUCACGGCGCUACCAUUCACAGCACCACGGCGCUACCAUUCACAGCACCACGGCGCUACCAUUCACAGCACCACGCCGCUACCAUACACAGCACCACGGCGCUACCAUUCACAGCACCACGGCGCUACCAUACACAGCACCACGGCGCUACCAUUCACAGCACCACGGCGCUACCAUUCACAGCACCACGGCGCUACCAUUCACAGCACCACGGCGCUACCAUUCACAGCACCACGGCGCUACCAUUCACAGCACCACGGCGCUACCAUACACAGCACCACGGCGCUACCAUUCACAGCACCACGCCGCUACCAUUCACAGCACCACGGCGCUACCAUUCACAGCACCACGGCGCUACCAUUCACAGCACCACGGCGCUACCAUUCACAGCACCACGGCGCUACCAUUCACAGCACCACGGCGCUACCAUUCACAGCACCACGGCGCUACCAUUCACAGCACCACGGCGCUACCAUUCACAGCACCACGGCGCUACCAUACACAGCACCACGGCGCUACCAUUCAGCACCACGCACCAUACACAGCACCACGGCGCUACCAUUCACAGCACCACGGCGCUACCAUUCACAGCACCACGGCGCUACCAUUCACAGCACCACGGCGCUACCAUUCACAGCACCACGGCGCUACCAUUCACAGCACCACGGCGCUACCAUUCACAGCACCACGCGCUACCAUUCACAGGGCGCUACCAUUCACAGCACCACGGCGCUACCAUUCACAGCACCACGGCGCUACCAUUCACAGCACCACGGCGCUACCAUUCACAGCACCACGGCCAUUCACAGCACCACGGCGCUACCAUUCACAGCACCACGCACCAUACACAGCACCACGGCGCUACCAUUCACAGCACCACGGCGCUACCAUUCACAGCACCACGGCGCUACCAUUCACAGCACCACGGCGCUACCAUUCACAGCACCACGGCGCUACCAUUCACAGCACCACGGCGCUACCAUUCACAGCACCACGCCGCUACCAUACACAGCACCACGGCGCUACCAUUCACAGCACCACGGCGCUACCAUACACAGCACCACGGCGCUACCAUUCACAGCACCACGGCGCUACCAUUCACAGCACCACGGCGCUACCAUUCACAGCACCACGCCGCUACCAUUCACAGCACCAAGCCGCUACCAUACACAGCACCACGGCGCUACCAUUCACAGCACCACGGCGCUACCAUACACAGCACCACGGCGCUACCAUUCACAGCACCACGGUGCUACCAUUCACAGCACCACGGCGCUACCAUUCACAGCACCACGGCGCUACCAUACACAGCACCACGCCGCUACCAUUCACAGCACCACGGCGCUACCAUACACAGCACCACGGCGCUACCAUUCACAGCACCACGGCGCUACCAUUCACAGCACCACGGCGCUACCAUUCACAGCACCACGGCGCUACCAUUCACAGCACCACGGCGCUACCAUUCACAGCACCACGGCGCUACCAUUCACAGCACCACGCCGCUACCAUACACAGCACCACGGCGCUACCAUUCACAGCACCACGGCGCUACCAUACACAGCACCACGGCGCUACCAUUCACAGCACCACGGCGCUACCAUACACAGCACCACGGCGCUACCAUUCACAGCACCACGGCGCUACCAUUCACAGCACCACGGCGCUACCAUUCACAGCACCACGGUGCUACCAUUCACAGCACCACGGCGCUACCAUACACAGCACCACGGCGCUACCAUUCACAGCACCACGGUGCUACCAUUCACAGCACCACGGCGCUACCAUUCACAGCACCACGGUGCUACCAUACACAGCACCACGGCGCUACCAUUCACAGCACCACGGCGCUACCAUUCACAGCACCACGGCGCUACCAUUCACAGCACCACGGCGCUACCAUUCACAGCACCACGGCGCUACCAUUCACAGCACCACGGCGCUACCAUUCACAGCACCACGGCGCUACCAUUCACAGCACCACGGCGCUACCAUUCACAGCACCACGGCGCUACCAUUCACAGCACCACGGCGCUACCAUUCACAGCACCACGGCGCUACCAUUCACAGCACCACGGCGCUACCAUUCACAGCACCACGGCGCUACCAUACACAGCACCACGCCGCUACCAUACACAGCACCACGGCGCUACCAUACACAGCACCACGGCGCUACCAUACACAGCACCACGGCGCUACCAUACACAGCACCACGGCGCUACCAUACCUUAA